AGCCGUCAGAUAAAACAUCACGGAUGAAGUAUUCCCAGCGUUUGUGGGGGUGCUUAUUUGACCGGCUCGAAGCUGACCAAUAGCUGAUGCUUUUGCUGACCUCCAAGAGUAAACCACCGGCACGGACACUGCGAGGGGACUCCCUUCAAUUACACAAAAAUGGAUAUGAGGACUCUGAGGAUUCCCGAGACACUUGGUAGGAUUCUACUGUGUUGGGUAUAGAGAUGGUCUCCAAAGGUAAGUACGGCGAGGUCAUUCCGGUCCGACUACCUAGGUAGCCUUCCAGUAACUCUAUCAUAUCGUCAAUUCUAUUCAUCUCUGUCAGCAUCUUUUCUUAUCAACUCAUAAUGGCAUCUCCGUUCUCUUCUGUCGCCUUUUACAUAUCUCUCCUCGCUGUCAUGCAAAUUGCACAGGCGCAAACUCCGAAACUUCUAUCGAUACCUAUAAAGCAUAUCGACAAUGCGGGUUCGUUCAUCCCUCUUGUCUCGAUAGGAGUCGGUACACCGCCGCAAUUAAUCACAGCAGUCUUGGAUACGGGAAGCAGCGAUCUCAUCAUUCCAAGGACUGGCAGUCGUAUAUGUCAGGACCAACAGCAACAAUGCUCCGGCACUCCUUUUGUCACUGGCUCAUUCAACACGGACAAAGACAGCAGCUUUAGAGACGUUGGUGUAAAGCUAAAUACCGAUUUCGCCAAUGGUGCUGCGUUUCGAGGGCGAUUCAUUACCACAGCGUUGACUCUUGGAAAGCAGACCAUAUCUAAUGCGCAGCUUGGAGUUAUCGAACAAGGUUCUCUACCACCGGAGACUCCACUGUUCCCUAUUUUAGGCAUUGGACCCGUUGAGAAUGAAGUAGUCCGACCAACUUACCAGAAUGCGCCCGCCAAACUUAAAGAUGCUGGUGCGAUCGACGCCAAUGUAUACGGUGUCUACAUGAAUGACUUCCGUGACCCAGAAGGCUCCAUAGUGUUCGGUGGCAUUGACACGGCGAAGUUCAAAGGCCAGCUACAAGACGCAGGUUCGUUCUUGCUAAACAACAAUGGAGUCGCAUCGAAAUUCGUGAUCAAUUGGAGCUCCAUGCAGCUAGUGGGCGGCGACUCAUCUCUCUCUGGCUCCAAUGUCGACCUGGCACCACGAGGUGGUCUACCCCCAGUGUUGAUCGAUACAGGAAAUCCGUCACUGAAUGUCCCCUCGGCCUCACUCCGCGCUAUAGCUAUGGCUGUAGGUACGACCUUUGAUGAACAGGCUGGUCGGCUGGGUAGUGUACCAUGCGAUCUGGGCUCUCGCGGAGAAAGCCUUUCAUUCGGGUUCAACAAUAACCGAGCGAAAGUCAGCACCCCUUUGGCUACAAUGCUGCUACGCGACUCGUCUUCCCGCGCCAGUCGAUGCUAUCUACCAAUGUUUCCUUCGGAUGGAGACGAUACAGCGAGCCUAGGUGCCCCAUUCAUGCAAGGAGCAUACAUUGUUUUCGACCUUGACCAGAAGAAUAUAUUGAUGGCAGAGGCGAAGAUGAACGCCACCGGCUCGAAUCUACAGACAUUACAGGCAUCGCGGUAG